CGAAGCCAAACGUUCUGCCUUGUUUCCAUCUGAUUCUUUGACAUUGAAGCUUAAGAUAGCCGUAAAUUUUCUUGGAUGCUGUGCUCUUAUUUAACCCAGCCUCACAUACAGUACAACAGCUCUCUCAAGAAUCCCACGGGACUGGGUCCGACCCUUCUAGCAUGUAAAAUGAUAUCCCUCAACCCGCGCAUCGCAGCGAUUCAGACCAUGGCCUUCAACAACAAACUCCUCCUCGGCGCAGUCCCACUCGUCGCCGCGCCAGCCCUCUACUUCACCUACCUCACCUACCUGAACCGCACCCUCUCCCGCAAAGUCUCCUGCCUCACAACGCCCUACCUACAAGAUGCGACCCUCCCAGUCCCUCCUUCGGUGAAGACAAAGUCAACUCCAGACAUCCUCGUCCAUCACGAAAAAGCGCAAAAGUCCAUUCCUUCCGCAAACCUCAAGCAAUGUCCGCGCUCCGAGGUGCAAACCCGCUUCCUGCGACACACAAUGUCCAUGUUCGCCAAAUCGGCGGCGGCGUGGAGUAUCUGGUUCCUCCUCAAGGAUCCCAAGGACCGCUGCACGUUUGACAAGAGUUACAUCCGCGCAUUGGAUUUCGCGCCUGGCGAUCGCGUCUGCGGCGUCUACGUCGUGGAUAGCAGAGACAAGUCGCGCGUGGUGUUGAGGUUGGAUGCGCCGGCGAGUUACAAGGGGCCUGCUGUGGAGGGGUUGUUGGUGGCGGAGAUUCGGGAGGAGGGUGCCGAGAUGGUGUUUGUGAAUCAUACGGUUUUGUGGAGGAGGAACGGCGAGGGGAAACCGAAUGUGUUGGAGAGUGCGAUGGGGAGGUGGGUGCAUGGGGUUAUGGUUCGGAAGUUGGUGGAGAGUGGGGUGGGGAGAGUGGUCGAGGAGGUGGGAGGGAAGAAGGGUGUGUGAGGUGGUGAGGGUGUUUCCAUAAUUGGGGAUUUGGAAGACUGGAGAUGGCUGUUUCGACAGCGGACGGGAGCUUCAGACGUUGGUGAUGGGCGUUGCGACUAAUUUUGGCUGCUAUAGAGAGGUUGGAGUGGGAGGGAGUAUUUUCUCCUUGUAAUGCUGCCGAUGGGUUGGUAUAUAUGUUUUGGACAGGAUAGGAUGGAAUAUCUCCUCUCUGGCAUAGGCUCAGAAUAAGGCGCAUAAACACGUGGCCAGGCGAUGAAUUCCCGCACCUGCACGAGGUCCCGAUGAGGUCGCACCUGCUUCAUCCAGAGAGCAAUGUUGUGCUGGAAGUGGCAAUGGUGCCUAGGCGAU